UCCUGUGGGGACAGGUAAGGUCACUGGCCCCAGGAUCCUCCCUGGGGUGGGGCAAUUUUGUGUAGUAAUUGGUUGUAAGUUGGUUGGAGGCUGGGCAAUGGAGCUGCUACGGAAGUCUGUCAAUUAAAAAUGAAAAUAUAAGCAAGCUAGGAAGAGGGAAGGGAGAGGAGAAAGGACCAAGAAGCUUCUCAAGGCUCAUCAGAACCGCAUCCAGGUGGGAUGAUGUCCGGACUUGGAGAAAAUGUAAGUUAAAGGAAGCUUCGCUCCUAAUCCCAUCUCUAAAGACAUUUUGCUCGUUUCCUGGUUUUGGAAAAUGGGCUCCUGGAACUACUGUCUUUUUAGUCUGUCUCUUAUUGCUGCCUUGACGUUUGUAUUUAUUUACAACGGCAAAUUGUGGGUGAACAAUCAUUUCCCGAGGGCAAUUGCCAAUGUUUCAGUCUUAGCAGAAGUCUGUUUUCAGAUAUUCAGUAGGGAGAGUUUUUACACAGCAGACAGCCGAAGGAAAACAACCCUGGAAAACUUCACCUGUUCCAAGUACAGGGUUCAAAAUCACUACAUAACAGAAACUCUCUCUGAAGAAGAAGCUGGCUUCCCUUUGGCUUUCACACUGACCAUCCACAAAGAUUUUGACACUUUUGAGAGACUCUUCAGGGCGAUUUACAUGCCCCAGAACAUCUACUGUGUGCAUGUGGAUAGGAAGGCACCGGAGACCUUCAAAGAUGCUGUCCAGCAGCUACUAAGCUGUUUCCCCAAUGCCUUCCUGGCCUCUAAGAUGGAACCUGUGGUCUAUGGUGGUUUCUCCCGGCUCCAGGCUGACCUGAACUGCAUGAAAGAUCUGGUGGCCUCCGAGGUCCCAUGGAAGUAUGUUCUCAACACCUGCGGGCAGGACUUUCCCCUGAAAACCAACAAGGAAAUAGUUCAGUAUCUGAAAGGGUUUAUUGGGAAGAAUCUCACCCCAGGGGUGCUGCCUCCCGCUCACGCAAUCGGAAGGACCAAGUACGUCCACCAGGAACUGUUAAAUCAUAGAAAUCCCUACGUGCACAAUACAGCAAGAUUAAAAGCUCCCCCUCCUCACAAUAUGACCAUUUACUUCGGCACUGCCUAUGUGGCCCUCACCCGUGAGUUUGCUAACUUUGUCCUCAAAGACCAGCGUUCAUUGGACUUAAUCUCCUGGUCCAAGGACACCUACAGUCCUGAUGAGCAUUUCUGGGUGACACUCAAUAGGAUUCCCGGAUCACGACGAGAACAACUUAAGGAAAGACAGAUUGGUUUUAGCUCACAGUUUGAGGAGGAACAGUCAGUCCUUCACGGCAGUGAAGGUGUAGCGGCAGGAGUCUGA